GUUGGUGGUGGACGCACGGCGGGCAGGAGAGCGCACGGGAGAACGGGUCACCACGCACACGGGCUGUAAGAAACCGUUAAAGCUCAAGCGUCUCCCAGGACUAGAGGAAAGAAAAUAAGUGAAAAUUAAAGGUUCGCAACUACAGUCUGUUUAAGGUGAAAGAGCAAACUUUAUUUUGGGAAUUUCUCUUUCCUCUUUUUUCCUGUUUAAAGAAGGUGAUCUCUAAGUCUGCAUUCGCGCCGAUGAAAGUCCGAUGAAAAUUUUGUCCCGGCAGAAGAGGGCGCUGGGCCAAACUUUUAAUUACUUGCCGUUGCAGUAAGAAGUUGCAGAUACGGAGAAAACUUGGGUGGCGGACUUUGUUCUAAAAGAAAACGAAAAAGAAAAACAAAAGUAAAAAAAUAUAUAUACAAAAAAAAGAAAAAAGAGGCCAAGAAAGAGAAAAAAAUGAAAAUACAAUUUUAAAACUAAGAAGAGAACUUGGUAAAGAUUCAGUAAAAUGAACAUUUCUAUUUAUUUUGAACGUUAAACCGUUGCUUCUGUUGUAAAUGUGGGGUUGGCAAUGACUGCGCCAGAGGAAUCGAGUCAGAUUGUGUUUGAGUGUAAUUAAACAGAACUUUCCAUUUCCAGCAAAGGGAAACAUAAGGAUAGGACGUAUAAUGGUCUGUAUAUUUGGCCAAUAACUACUACCCUAAUCGGAUGAUCAGAUGUGACCACUAAAGAAGAGAAAACCACCUGCCAAAACUACUAAAACAAACAACCACCUGUCACUACCCAAAAAUUCGCCAAAAUCUCUAAAGCAACAAAAAGAACUACACGACAAGACUACGAAAGGGGAAAACCACAUAAAACGAAAGAGAGCAGCCACCUGUCGAGACUACUGUCCCAACCAUCUGUCCCAACUAACCCUGAAGACGACUUAGCAGACAACCAGCUGUCAAAAUGGCCACAGACAAGAUCCAGAGAACUCUUGCCAUGGUGAAACCCGACGCCAUUAACCGCUCUGCAGAGAUUGAGAAAAUCAUUCUCGAUGAAGGAUUUACCAUCGUGGAGCGCCGUCGGGUGAGGCUGACGCGAGCGGAGGCAGCCGAGUUCUACAACGAGCAUCGAGGCAAACCCUUCUACGAGUCGCUGUUAGAGUACAUUACGUCGGGCGAAGUGCUGGCUCUUAUUUUGGCUGGAGAGGAGGCCAUCACCCACUGGCGGAGGAUUCUCGGUCCCACGCGCGUGUCUCAGGCCCGGCAGGAGGCUCCGGAUUCCAUAAGGGCGAGAUUCGGAGACCACGCCAACGACAGCCACAACGCCGCCCACGGUUCCGACUCGCCCACGUCCGCCCAGAGAGAAAUUAAAUUCUUCUUUCCCGACUUGACCCUGGAGCCCGUGCUGACCGGCGAGGGAGCCAAGGAGUAUCUAAGUCAUGCUGUGUCGCCCACCCUGGUCAGAGCCCUCACCGAACUUUGUAAGGUCCGCCCAGACGACCCUAUCGUGUGGCUCGCCGACUGGCUUCUCGUCAACAACCCAAAUAAGUCGUCGGGUGAUUAAGAAAUCUCACCGCGCAGUAUGCAAGGGAGCUUAGGCGCAGGCGGUCAGAACGGCCCUCUCUUUGAGCGCGGGCGGCUGGCUCGUCGCUAGCCGGACAUUUGACUGAUAGUUGGUCUGAUUCAUAUAUAGAUAGAUGGAUAGAUAGGUAUGUAUAUAUAUGAAUAUAUAUACACAUACACAUACAUAUAACCCCCUGACUAGGCCUCUAACCUGGGUCACACCAGAGGGCCAGUAUUAUUCCAUCUUUCAUAUA